AUGGCAAUAUUUUGUCUGUGGAUUGUCUUGCCUAUCUCAGUCUGCUCAGUUCAAAACCCUGUUUCGGAUGGACUGCCUGCUAUGAAACGCUCUGCUGAAGACGUGGGUACGGAGAAGUGUUUGAUGCCAGCAAAAAACUGCUCAAGAUUUCAAUAUCGGCGGCCAUUAUGUAGAUCAAUGGUCAAUACAUUCGCGAGAGGGGAUACAGUAGAACCUACAUACAGUUGCCCCUUGGAAGUGAAGGUACGAAAAUAUUUGAAAGCAAAGCGCUCGGAGAACAAGUAUGAAAAAGUAGACAGACGAAAAUACUUUGUAAUGAUUGUCUCAUACACUGUAACUUACGAUUCCUCAAUCCAUACGUACACCAAUAACGUGAUAGAAGCGGCAGAAAGGAGUGUAAAAGAUUUGAAUGAAGUGCUCAAGGAGACUAAAGUAGUAAGUUAUGCCACCACUAGAUAA